AUGGCGCAGAUAGGUGUGGAGGUGCACACCAGCACGUGUUCACACCCGGGUGUGGAGGUGCACACCAGCACUUGUUCACACCCAGGUGUGGAGGUGCACAUCAGCACGUGUUCACACCCAGGUGUGGAGGUGCACACCAGCACUUGUUCACACCCAGGUGUGGAGGUGCACACCAGCACGUGUUCACACCCAGGUGUGGAGGUGCACACCAGCACUGUUCACACCCAGGUGUGGAGGUGUGGAGGUGCACGUCAGCACUGUUCACACCCAGAUGUGGAGGUGCACGUCAGCACUGUUCACACCCAGGUGUGGAGGUGCACGUCAGCACUGUUCACACCCAGUAGGGCACCCUGGCUACCGCUGCAAAUAAAACUAGAGUCAACGGCAGGAUCCAGCAGACCAGUUAGCAGUGUCAGAAGCAGUGAAGGGGAUGAUGGGAGCAGUGGUGCAGGGGAGGAUGAUGGGAGCAGCAGUGCAGGGGAGGAUGGUGGGAGCAGCAGUGCAGGGGAGGAUGAUGGGAGCAGUGGUGCAGGGGAGGAUGGUGGGAGCAGCAGUGCAGGGGAGGAUGGUGGGAGCAGCAGUGCAGGGGAGGAUGGUGGGAGCAGCUGUGCAGGGGAGGAUGAUGGGAGCAGGAGUGCAGGGGAGGAUGAUGGGAGCAGCAGUGCAGGGGAGGAUGGUGGGAGCAGCUGUGCAGGGGAGGAUGAUGGGAGCAGCAGUGCAGGGGAGGAUGAUGGGAGCAGCAGUGCAGAGGAGGAUGGUGGGACCAGCAGUGCAGGGGAAGAUGAUGGGAACAGUGGUGCAGGGGAGGAUGAUGGGAGCAGCAGGGCAGGGGAGGAUGGUGGGAGCAGCAGUGCAGAGGAGGAUGGUGAAGGCAGCUGUGCAGGGGAGGAUGGUGAAGGCAGCUGUGCAGGGGAGGAUGGUGAAGGCAGCUGUGCAGGGGAGGAUGAUGGGAGCAGCAGUGCAGAGGAGGAUGGGAGCAGCUGUGCAGGGGAGGAUGGGAGCAGCUGUGCAGGGGAGGAUGGGAGCAGCUGUGCAGGGGAGGAUGGGAGCAGCUGUGCAGGGGAGGAUGAUGGGAGCAGCAGUGCAAGGGAGGAUGGUGGGAGCAGUAGUGCAGGGGAGGAUGAUGGGAGCAGCAGUGCAGGGGAGGAUGGUGAAGGCAGCUGUGCAGGGGAGGAUGGUGGGAGCAGCUGUGCAGGGGAGGAUGGUGGGAGCAGCUGUGCAGGGGAGGAUGAUGGGAGCAGGAGUGCAGGGGAGGAUGGUGGGAGCAGCUGUGCAGGGGAGGGAUAG